AUGAGAUUCCCUUCUGCCUUCUCUUCUUCAACACACCAUUUGCUUGAAUCAUCACCAAUAGACGACGAUCCGGGUCCAUCUGAAUCGAUUGCACUACAAACACGGGUAUCACAACCGAUUGCUGAGAAGCUUGUUGCCGAGAUAAGUGACGACAGUGACGAAGAAGAAGAAGAGCUUCAAUUUAGAAGUUCAACGGAAACAAAUUCAAAUCAAGCAUAUCGAGAAAUGGUUCUUCGAAUUGCUUUAAUUGCAAUGCUAUAUUAUCCAUUGUCAAUUGGAUUGACAUUUUAUCAAAAAUGGUUUAUAAAGAACUACAAACUGCCAUUACUCGUUGUCAGUGGACAUUAUAUACUGAAAUAUUUGUUUGCAAUAAUAAUCAGAUUUAUAUAUGAAUGUAUGAGAGGACCUCGAAUGAGAGUUUCAUUACGAGAUCAGAUGAGAUGGCUUGCUCCAAUCGGAAUAUGUGCUUCGAUGGAUAUUGGACUAUCGAAUUGGGCACUGGAAUAUGUGACUGUCAGUCUAUAUACAAUGGCCAAAUCAUCUUCAAUUCUAUUUAUUGUUGCUUUUUCUUUACUUCUUCGACUAGAAAGAUGGCGUAAUUCACUGGGUUUUGAAACGGGAUUGAUUGCUGCUGGUCUAUUUCUUUUCACGUGGAAAUCAUCUCAACUCGAUUUAACCGGUCUGUUACUUGUUGAAUUGGCAGCUGCUUGCACCGGAAUCAGAUGGACAGUUUCUCAAUUAGUAAUGCAAAGAGAUGAUUCAGCAGUAAGGAAUCCACUCGAUAUGGUUGCUCAUGUUCAACCAUGGAUGAUGAUUCCAAUUAUUCCGAUGAUUUGGCUUUUCGAAGGCUCUGAAAUCAACUGGAAUUCUGUUUUCUCAUUUCAAGGACAUUAUGAUCCGUGGUUGGUUCUUGGUCUGAUUUCUAGCGGUGGACUUCUUGCUUUCUGUAUGGAAAUGAGUGAAUAUCUUCUACUCGUUAACACUUCUGGAAUCACUUUAAAUAUUUUUGGAAUAGUGAAAGAAGUUGCAACUCUUCUCCUCGCUCAUCUCAUAAACAAAGAUAAAUUAACAGAAUUGAAUAUCUGUGGAUUGGUUCUAUGUCUCUCGGGAAUGCUUCUUCACGGAAUGAACAAACGUCGUCAAAGGCUGAGUCGCAGUCUCGUUGACACCGAUCAUCAGUACUCGCUUCUUUCAAAAUCAGUCUGA